UUCUCCUCCGGACAGCCAUGAUCAUCCACAGGAUCCUCCUCGUAGCCCUGGUGGCCUCCUCGGCAACAUGGGCUCACCCGCAGCGCCAGCGUCAGUCCCCGCUCUCGAUGGGCAUGCGCUUCUUGGGCAACAUUCGCGAUGGCGUCACCAAGACCUUCCAGGGAAUCUUCGGCGGCGGAAAUACCCGGCAGACUAAGGAGCAAAUCCAGGGCCGUCCCUUCCAGCAGCAGCUCGCACCACGACCCCCCUCCGGCCCCGUGCAGCCCCUCGGCGCCCACGAGGCCGUCCUUCACUCGGGCUCCCACACCACGGCCCCCCCGUCCUCAUUCUUCACCGUUUUGCACGAGGCUCCGGAAGCCUCAACCGCGUUCCCAGACAUCAGGGGCUUCACGGACGAAAGUUUCAAGCCCAGCACCUUCUUCAAUGGCAACACUCCCUUCCAAGGCACGGUCGAGGAAGAGGAACUGCCCCUUGUUGUUAACGAGGUAGUGGUAAGUCGGCCAGAGACCAACGUUUUUGCACGACCCCCGUCUUUCCUGGUCACCCACGACCCACAGGCAGACAAGCAUAUCCCUCCUUCCCAUAACUCUCAGACUUCCAGUUUCUCCUCCUUCGGAAAGUCCCCCCUGGACACCCCGAUCCCUUUCGGUAAUUCAGCAACUUUUAGCCUAGGGAAGCUCAGGGAUAGUUCCUCUGAUUCCCCUUUUCCCUUCCGUGAUGCUGAGAAGAGCAAGGAGCCUUCCUCCUUUACCUCCGGCCAGGAACCAAGACCCAGUCCUUUCGUCCAGCGUCUGAAACCCAGCGUAGGCUCUCCCGCCCGCAUUGAGCCCACCCCACGCCCAUUUGUUCACCACCCACACCCAACUACCCGUCAGUUCAUCCAGCAAACACAGCCUACAUCACGGCCACACUCCUCUCUGAAGCCGAAGCCUUCCAGCACGUUCUUCAAGGCAAGCAGCCCAUUCAAGCCUUCGGACGAAAUCACGAAGGCUCCCAAGCAGUCCUUCGCCUCUUCGGUCCCCGCCGUGCCCUCCACAGCGCCCAUCAGGCCCCAAGCCCCCUCCCCCUCCCCCACGCUCUUCCGCCAUACGCCCUCCGAUGUGACUCGCCACGCCCCUCUCGCCCCUCCCGUCAGCGAGGUGAGGCCUCAGCGGGAGGCCUUCAAGAAGCCGGUGCGACCCGCCAAGGUCGGCGGCGGCCACAUCAACACCGGCACGAAGAUGACUGUCGUCAGUACCCUGAACGAAGAUGGCACGCAGGCCACACAAGUCAAGGGCUACGAGUUCGGAUACGGCGUGCUGGACGGCAGCACCGGGAAUCAGUUCUACCACGCGGAGAAGCGCGAGGAAGGACUGACGAAGGGAUCCUACAAGAUCCAGCUUCCCGACGGUCGUGUCCAGACCGUCACCUACGUGGCGGAUGGCAACGGCUUUCACCCCAAGAUCACGUACGAGGGCGAGGCGCAGUACCCCAACGCCAAACCCAAAGACGCUGCUUAAAGAUUAUUUAUGAACUGUAGAUCGUAACGACCAGACCCAUUCUUGUGACCUGCAUGAUGCGCGGACGAAAAUUUCGGCCAAAACGAAAGAGAAAAUGAACAGAAUAAUGACGGCAACCAAUAGAAAUCAUCAGACAUAACCUGCUUGGUGCGCUAAACUGUCAGUCAGACCAACUGAAUCUGCUGCACUUAGUAUUGGCUUGAAUCACGCAUGAAUCACGCCACCGUAGAACUUGUGCAUGUCCUGAAACACCGCUAAGGCUGCUGAGACCCCUGCAUCCUCGCAGGCAUUAAAAGCAUGACAGAGCAACAUCCUCUGGCAUUUGUUGUUUUUCUUUAAAUUGUGUACAUAAUCGUUGUUCCUUUUUAUGUCCUCUCGCAGGCGAUUGGACUAAUUAUUGUAUGUUUUUUAUAAUAAAAUUGAUCUUCAAA